CCGUCCGGCCCUGCUGAGCCUCCGCGAGCCGCGGAGAGCCGCGUGUUGCGCUCGCCCGCCCGGCAGGGCUGUCCCGGGAGUGGACGCGGGGCCCCGGACCGAGGAGGAGUGUGCGGAGGCGCUCGGGGUCCCUGCCGACGAGCCUGGGGUCCCCGGCCGCGAGGCGCGGCACGUGAGGCGACCCGCCUUUGGGGCACCAUGGCGCGCCGAACCCGGAUGCCCCGCGCCGCCCCUUAGCGCCGCGGCGGCCCAGCGACCCCGGGCCCGGCCGCGGGCCCCCCGGGCAUGGAGCCGCACGUGCUCGGCGCCGUGCUCUACUGGCUGCUGCUGCCCUUGGCGCUCCUGGCCGCCUGCCUGCUCCGCUCCAACGCGCUCUCGCUGGUCUACCUGCUGUUCCUGCUGCUACUGCCCUGGUUCCCGGGCCCCUCCCGGCACAGCCUCCGAGGUCACACUGGCCGCCUCCUCCGAGCCCUGUUGGUCCUCAGCCUCCUCUUCCUGGCAGCCCACCUUGCCUUCCAGAUAUGCCUACACACUGUGCCUGGCCUGGACCAGUUCCUGGGGUCGAACUGCAGCCGCUGGGAGAACCUCUCCCGACUUGUCGGGGUCACGAGGCUGGACCCGAAGGACAUCCCCAAUGCCGUGCGGCUGGUGGCCCCCGACUUGGGCAUCCUGGUGGUCUCUGCCGUGUGCCUUGGCCUCUGUGGGCGCCUCACACGGGCAGCCCGGCGGAGCCAGCCCUGCCAGGAGCCGGAUGACGACGACAGGGAAGUGGACACCAGCUCCCCGGUGGGGCUGCAGGGAGCCCCUGUGCUGGCCCCCAAGCGGAAGUCGAGGCUGGCUGCCCGGUUCCGGAUCACAGCUCACUGGUUGCUAGUGGCUGCUGGGCGGACUCUGGCCAUAGUGCUGCUCGCGCUGGCAGGCAUUGCCCACCCCUCAGCCUUCUCCAGCGUCUACUUCCUGUUCUUCUUGGGCAUCUGCACCUGGUGGGCCUGCCACUUUCCCAUCAGCCCCCUGGGCUUCAGCACACUCUGCGUCAUGGUGGGCUGCUUUGGCGCCGGUCACCUCAUCUGCCUCUACUGCUACCAGAUGCCCUUCGCCCAGGACAUGCUCCCACCUGCUGGCAUCUGGGCCAGGGUUUUCGGUCUUAAGGACUUCGUGGCCCACACGAACUGCUCCAGCUCCAACGCACUGGUCCUCAACACCAGCCACGACUGGCCCGUGUACGUGAGCCCCGGGAUCCUGCUGCUCCUGUACUACACUGUGAUCUCUCUCCUGAAGCUCCGCACACACCACCCCCCCGGCCAGAAAAAGGUGGCGGCUGGGGGUGUCGAGGAGCGGGAGGUGGAGCUGACAGAGGUGGACCACUGGCCCCAGGGCGAGGCCAGGUCUGCAGCCACCAAGGAGGAGGGUGCUACCCAGCACACGAUGCCUGACGCUGAGGCUGACAACUGCAUCGUGCACGACCUGAGUAGCCACAGCCGGGUCCCGCAGCGCCCCUUGUACCCCAGGCUGGCUGAGCCGAGAGAGACAUCUCCACUGCAUGGCCUGGGCCACCUCAUCAUGGACCAGAGCUACGUGUGUGCCCUCAUCGCCAUGAUGGUGUGGAGCAUCACCUACCACAGCUGGUUGACCUUCGUGCUGCUGCUCUGGGCCUGCCUCAUCUGGACUGUGCGCAGCCGCCACCAGAUGGCCAUGCUCUGCUCGCCCUUCAUCCUGCUCUACGGGCUGGCGCUGUGCAGCCUGCGCUACGUGUGGGCCAUGGACCUGCAUUCGGAGCUGCCCACCACCCUGGGUCCUGUCAGCCUGCGCCAGCUGGGGCUGGAGCACACGCGCUACCCCUGCCUGGACCUCGGUGCCAUGUUGCUGUACACCCUGACCUUCUGGCUCCUGCUGCGCCGAUUUGUCAAGGAAAAGCUGCUGAGGAGGGAGAAGACACCCUCCGCGCUGAUGGAGGUCACUGUGGCGGACACAGAGCCCACGCGGACGGGGACGCUGCUCCGGAGCCUGGGGGAGCUGGUCACUGGCAUCUAUGCCAAGUACUGGAUCUACGUGUGCGCCGGCAUGUUCAUCGUGGUCAGCUUCGCAGGCCGUCUCGUCGUCUACAAGAUCGUCUACAUGUUCCUCUUCCUGCUCUGCCUCACCCUCUUCCAGGUCUACUACAGCCUGUGGCGGAAGCUGCUCAAGGUGUUCUGGUGGCUGGUGGUGGCCUACACCAUGCUGGUGCUCAUCGCUGUCUACACCUUCCAGUUCCAGGACUUCCCCAUGUACUGGCGCAACCUGACAGGCUUCACUGACGAGCAGCUGGGGGACCUGGGCCUGGAGCAGUUCAGCGUGUCCGAGCUCUUCUCCAGCAUCCUCAUCCCUGGCUUCUUCCUGCUCGCCUGCAUCCUGCAGCUGCACUACUUCCACCAGCCCUUCAUGCAGCUCACCGACCUGGAGCACAUCCCGCUGCCGGGCGCCUGCCGCCCCCGCUGGGCUCACAGGCAGGACGCAGCGAGCGGGACCCCAUUGUUGCAGCAGGAGGAGGAGGAGGAAGCCUCCAGGGACCAGGGGUUGGGCACUGCUGGCCCCAACCAGGCCACGCAGGUCCCAGAAGUCGCAGCCAACAAGUGGGGCCUGGUGGCCGAGCGGCUGCUGGACUUGUCCGCCAGCUUCUCCAGCGUCCUCACCCGCGUGCAGGUGUUUGUGCGGCGCCUGCUGGAACUGCACGUCUUUAAGCUGGUGGCCCUGUACACCGUCUGGGUGGCCCUAAAGGAGGUGUCCGUGAUGAACCUCCUGCUGGUGGUGCUCUGGGCCUUCGCCCUGCCCUACCCCCGCUUCCGGCCCAUGGCCUCCUGUCUGUCCACCGUGUGGACCUGCAUCAUCAUCGUGUGCAAGAUGCUCUACCAGCUCAAGGUCGUCAGCCCCCACAAGUACUCCAGCAACUGCACUGAGCCCCUCCCCAAUAGCACCAACCUGCAGAAGACGGAGAUCAACCAGUCCUUGCUGUACCGGGGGCCCGUCGACCCGGCCAACUGGUUCGGGGUGCGGAAGGGCUUCCCAAACCUGGGCUACAUCCAGAACCACCUGCAGAUCCUGCUGCUGCUGGUGUUCGAGGCCAUUGUGUACCGGCGCCAGGAGCACCACCGCCGGCAGCACCAGCUGGGCCCGCUGCCCGCCCAGGCCGUCUGCAUCGAAGGCACCCGCCAGCAGCUGGACCGGGACCUGCUUAGCUGUGUCAAGUACUUUGUCAACUUCUUCUUCUACAAAUUUGGGCUGGAGAUCUGCUUCCUGAUGGCCGUGAACGUGAUUGGGCAGCGCAUGAACUUCAUGGUCAUCCUGCACGGCUGCUGGCUGGUGGCCAUCCUCACCCGCCGGCGCCGGAGGGCCAUCGCCCGUCUCUGGCCCAACUACUGCCUCUUCCUGACGCUCUUCCUGCUGUACCAGUACCUGCUGUGCCUGGGCAUCCCCCCCGCUCUGUGCAUUGACUACCCCUGGCGCUGGAGCCAGGCCAUCCCCAUGAAUUCGGUGCUCAUCAAGUGGCUGUACCUGCCUGACUUCUUCAGGGCCCCCAACUCCACCAACCUCAUCAGUGACUUCCUCCUGCUGCUCUGCGCCUCCCAGCAGUGGCAGGUGUUCUUGGCUGAGCGCACCGAGGAGUGGCAGCACGUGGCCGGCCUCAACACCGACCACCUGGAGCCUCUGCGGGGGGAGCCCAACCCCGUGCCCAACUUCAUUCACUGUAGGUCCUACCUCGACAUGCUGAAAGUCGCUGUCUUCCGCUACCUCUUCUGGCUGGUGCUGGUGGUGGUCUUCAUCACAGGGGCCACGCGCAUCAGUGUCUUCGGGCUGGGCUACCUGCUGGCCUGCUUCUACCUGCUGCUCUUCGGCACCUCCCUGCUGCAGAAGGAGACGCGCACCCGCCUCGUGCUGUGGGACUGCCUCAUCCUCUACAACGUCACUGUCAUCGUCUCCAAGAACAUGCUCUCGCUCCUGUCCUGUGUCUUCGUGGAGCAAAUGCAGAGCAGCUUCUGCUGGGUCAUCCAGCUGUUCAGCCUCGUGUGCACGGUCAAAGGCUACUAUGACCCCAAGGAGAUGCUGGGCAGGGACCAGGACUGCCUGCUGCCCGUGGAAGAGGCUGGCAUCCUCUGGGACAGUGUCUGUUUCCUGUUCCUGCUGCUGCAGCGCCGUGUCUUCCUCAGCUACUACUUCCUGCACGUCAGGGCCGAGCUCCAGGCCACUGCUCUGCAGGCCUCCAGGGGCUUCGCCCUGUACAACGCUGCCAACCUCAAAAGCAUCGACUACCACCGCAAGGCCGAGGAGAGGUCCCUGGCCCAGCUGAAAAGACAGAUGGAACGUAUCCGCGCCAAGCAGGAAAAGCACAGGCAGGGCCUGGUGAGCCUCGGCCACCCCCAGGACGCCCUGGAGCCCGGCCAGGAGCCAGGUCCCGGCAGGCCAGGGGGCUCCUCCCCGCCACGGACACAGUGGUGGCGGCCCUGGCUGGACCACGCCGCAGUCAUCCACUCUGGGGACUACUUCCUGUUCGAGUCCGACAGUGAGGAGGAGGAGGAGGCCCAGCCCGAGGACCCCAGGCCAUCGGCACAGAGUGCCUUCCAGAUGGCGUACCAGGCGUGGGUGACCAACGCCCAGACGGUGCUGAGGCGGCGGCGGCAGGAGCAGGCACAGCGGCCUGUGGGAGGCGGCCCGGGUCCAGAGGUGGAGUUGGCAGGGGGCGCAGAGGACGAGGUGGCAGGCCGGAGCCAUGUGAUGCAGCGGGUGCUGAGCACCAUGCAGUUCCUGUGGGUGCUGGGCCAGGCGCUGGUGGACGGGCUGACGCGCUGGCUGCACACCUUCACACGGCACCACCGCGCCAUGAGUAACGUGCUGCGUGCUGAGCGCUACCUGCUCACACAGGAGCUGCUCAGGGGUAGAGAGGUGCACCGGGGCGUGCUGGACCAGCUGUACUCGAGCGAAGCCGAGGCCACGCCAUCAGGCCCCCCGGAGGCACGUGAUGUGCCUAGCACAGCUUCGAGCGGGCUGGGGGCAGAAGAACCAAUAAGCAGCACGCCCGAGGACCCCGGCAGCCCCCUGAGCACGGGCUACAACACCCGCAGUGGCAGCGAGGAGAUGGUCACGGAGCCCAGGGCUUCUCUACGCGGCUCCCGAGAGCUUCCCGCUAGCACUCGGACCCGGAUGCGCACGGCCAGCGAGCUGCUCCUUGACAGGUGCCUGCGCAUCCCAGAGCUGGAGGCGGCUGAGCAGUUCGAGGCCGGGCAGGGCCGGGCGCUGCGGCUGCUGCAGGCCGUGUACCAGUGCGUGGCUGCCCACUCCGAGCUGCUCUGCUAUUUCAUCAUUGUUCUCAACCAUAUGGUCACCGCCUCGGCCACCUCCCUUGUGCUGCCCGUGCUGGUUUUCUUGUGGGCCAUGCUGUCCAUCCCGCGGCCCAGCAAGCGCUUCUGGAUGACGGCCAUCGUCUUCACCGAGGUCAUGGUGGUCACCAAGUACCUGUUCCAGUUUGGCUUCUUCCCCUGGAACAGCCACACGGUGCUGCGGCGCUAUGAGAACAAGCCCUACUUCCCGCCUCGCAUCCUGGGCCUGGAGAAGACCGACAGCUACAUCAAGUACGACCUGGUGCAGCUCCUGGCCCUCUUCUUCCAUCGUUCCCAGCUGCUGUGCUAUGGCCUCUGGGACCACGAGGAGGACCCGCUCUCCAAGGAGCCUGAUGGGGGCCAUGGGAAGGAGGAGCCUGAGGAGGAGCCAGCCCUGCUGGGACUCCAGACUGAGGAGGGCACAGGGCCCCGGGAGGAGCUGGGGGUGGCUGGGGCCACCACCGAGGAUGACAUCCAAGUAGAAGCGAGAGAUGGGCCCUCAGAGCCACACGUGGAGCUCAGGCCCCACGACACGAAGCGCAUUGGUCUGCGUUUCAGGAGGAGGAGGAAGGAGAGUGCAGAACCCAGAGGACCGGCAGCCAUUGAAGCCAAGACUGAGGAGGAGGAGGAGGCGGAGGAGGAGGAGGAGGAGGAGAAGGAGGAGGAGGCGGAGGCAGCAGCCACCUCUGGGGGACAGAGGAGGCGGAGUCGUCCCCGGGAAAGAGUGAGGGCGGUGGGCAUCCGGCUGCAGACCUUCUGCCUGUCCCUGGCCCAGAGUGUGUACCGGCCCCUGCGGUGUUUCUUCCACGACAUCCUGCACACCAAGUACCGUGCAGCCACUGACGUCUAUGCCCUCAUGUUCCUGGCGGAUGUGGUCGACUUCAUCAUCAUCAUCUUCGGCUUUUGGGCCUUUGGGAAGCACUCAGCGGCUACGGACAUCACGUCGUCCCUGUCGGAUGACCAGGUUCCUGAGGCCUUCCUGGUCAUGCUGCUGAUCCAGUUCAGCACUAUGGUCAUCGACCGUGCCCUCUACCUGCGCAAGACCGUGCUGGGCAAGCUGGCCUUCCAGGUCGUCCUGGUGCUGGCCAUCCAUGUCUGGAUGUUCUUCAUCCUGCCCGCUGUCACUGAGAGGAUGUUCAGCCAGAACUCAGUAGCCCAGCUGUGGUACUUUGUGAAGUGCAUCUACUUUGCCCUGUCUGCCUACCAGAUCCGCUGUGGCUACCCCACCCGCAUUCUUGGCAACUUCCUCACCAAGAAGUACAACCACCUCAACCUCUUCCUCUUCCAGGGGUUCCGGCUGGUGCCGUUCCUGGUGGAGCUGCGGGCCGUGAUGGACUGGGUUUGGACAGACACCACGCUGUCCCUGUCCAACUGGAUGUGCGUGGAGGACAUCUAUGCCAACAUCUUCAUCAUCAAGUGCAGCCGAGAGACAGAAAAGAAAUACCCACAGCCCAAGGGGCAGAAGAAGAAGAAGAUUGUGAAAUAUGGCAUGGGCGGCCUUAUAAUCCUGUUCCUUGUGGCCAUCAUCUGGUUCCCGCUGCUCUUCAUGUCUCUGGUGCGCUCCGUUGUCGGCGUAGUCAACCAGCCCAUUGACGUCACCGUCACCCUCAAGCUGGGGGGCUACGAGCCCCUGUUCACCAUGAGUGCCCAGCAGCCGUCCAUCGUGCCCUUCACACCACAGGCCUAUGAGGAGCUGUCCAGGCAGUUUGACCCCCACCCGCUGGCCAUGCAGUUCAUCAGCCAGUACAGCCCUGAGGACAUCGUCACGGCGCAGAUCGAGGGCAGCUCCGGGGCUCUGUGGCGCAUCAGCCCGCCAAGCAGGGCCCAGAUGAAGCGGGAGCUGUACAAUGGCACUGCCGACAUCACCCUGCGCUUUACCUGGAACUUCCAGAGGGACCUGGCCAAGGGAGGCACUGUCGAGUACACCAACGAGAAGCACACCCUGGACCUGGCCCCCAACAGCACUGAGCGGCGGCAGCUGGCCAGCCUGCUGGAGGGCACCUCGGACCAGUCAGUGGUCAUCCCUAACCUCUUCCCCAAGUACAUCCGUGCCCCCAACGGGCCUGAGGCCAACCCCGUGAAGCAGCUGCAGCCCAACGAGGAGGCAGACUACCUCGGCGUGCGCAUCCAGCUGCGGAGGGAGCGUGUGGGCUCGGGGGCUGCUGGCUUCCUUGAGUGGUGGGUCAUCGAGCUACAGGACUGCCAGGCUGACUGCAACCUGCUGCCCAUGGUUAUCUUCAACGACAAGGUCAGCCCACCCAGCCUGGGCUUCCUGGCUGGCUACGGGAUCAUGGGGCUCUACGUGUCCAUCGUGCUGGUCAUCGGCAAGUUUGUGCGCGACUUCUUCAGUGACAUCUCACACUCCAUCAUGUUCGAGGAGCUGCCGUGUGUGGACCGAAUCCUCAAGCUCUGCCAGGACAUCUUCCUGGUGCGGGAGACGCGGGAGCUGGAGCUGGAAGAGGAGCUAUACGCCAAGCUCAUCUUCCUCUACCGCUCACCGGAGACCAUGAUCAAGUGGACCCGCGAAAAGGAGUAGGAGCCAGGCUCCGUGUGCACCGUGAAUGAAGGAGCCGGCCUGGCAGGAAGGAGGGCAGUGCUCCUCAGGCCACAGGAGCAGAUACUCCAGUCCCAGGCCACCAGCUGUGACAGGUCCUCCUGGCCCACUGAGCCCCGAUGCUGCUGUCAGAAGGAAGCUGUGGCCCCUCCAUGGCCCAGCGCAGGACUGCUGUCCCUUUCCGUCGUCCCUGCAGGGCCCAGUGCCAGACACACUGGGCCAGGGGCCCAGCCCUCCUUUCUCCACACGUACUGUAGAGUUUUUUAAUUAAAACAUUUUUAUUUAUACAAACGGA